CUGUGAGCGAGCACCAAUGAUGGCCGGCACGGCGCGCGAGAGAGUGGGUGGCCAUCACCAAACUUGCACCCACGCACGCGCUCUGACUCAGCAUUCCAACAUUCAUGGGCCCACUUGUAACAAAAAUACAAAGAUUAAGGUCACCCGUAUAGCCUUAACACAGUGUUUGGGGCUAGUGCUCGUGGCCAACACUUGUAAACAUACGCUCCCACGCACGCGCACGCAUUUACACUUAUUCGCUCACUCAACUCGCAUUAAUGCUCACUCUUCACGAACGCACGCGCGUUCACACACCGGCUCACUGACGCACGUGCGCUCGCACGCACGCACACACACACACACACCCCGCCACUCUCUCGCGCGUGCACUCACGCAGACGCAUUCACUCGGAAAGCAAACGCUCGCUCGCUUCCCUCCCACACACCUGCGCUCGCACGCUCCAGCACACGCACGCACAGAUGCCCUACAUGGAAGCUCUGGGCCGUUCGGCCGAGCCGGUCGCCUUCCUCUCCGGUCUGGCGUCCUCCCUGGUGGACCCGACCAUCCUCAUGCUGGUGUACGAGCGAAGCGGAGCGACACCGGGCAGCCGACACGACGGCACGACGCACGCGGCCUGCGGCGGCAACGCCACGACGCCGGCCGCGGGCUCGGAAGACGACGCCCAAAAACGGGCCUCGCAGUUCUUCAUGUUCUACAACAUAGCCUCGAGCGUGAGCUCCAUGGUGCCCAGCCUCGUCAUGGGUCAGCUGGGAGACCUGCUGAGUCGACGGCUGCUGCUGGUGGUGCCCCUGCUGGGCACCUUGUUGUCCCAGCUGCUCCUGCUCUUCGUGGUCGGCGUGAGCAUGCCCCUGCAGUGGCUCUACGGCUACGUGCUCGUCUCGGGCCUCGCCGGGGGUUCAUCGACGCUCUGGGCCGGGGCCAACGCGUACGCGGCCCAAGCCGUCCGGACACCGCCGCCAAGCUCGCGAGUCGGGCGGAGCGACGGCGAUACGCGGGGCGGGGAUGGCGACGUCGACGACGGCGAGGCGUCGGAGGGCGCCCCGUUGUUCUCCGACCGCCCGCGAGGCCACGCGGCCGGCGCCGGCUACGGCAGCGCGGCCGCCGCGAUCCACGACGGCGGAGGAGGGCCCGGGGGCGGCCGCCGUGACGUCGGGGAGGCGUCGCCGUCCAAUCAGGGAACGGCUCGGCAGGGGCGCGGGAUUCAAACGCCCGUGCAGCACGGACGCAGCUCGCGCAGGCUCAUGCUGCUCGAGCUUUCGUUUGGCUUGGCGGCCACGCUGGGCAGCGUCAUCACGGGACACAUCUUUGUCAACUUCAGGCUGCCACUUUCGUUCAAGCACGGCUCGUUUUCAGUGCUGGCCGCGAUGUUCAUGUACACGCUGGCCAUUUUCUACUCGCUCUUCGUGCUCAAAGACUUCAGGCCGCAGACGAAGGCCAGCAGGGUAACCCUGAAGGGAGUCCUCCACGUCUACAGAUUUGGGAUGUUCAAGCCAGGCGGCCCCAGCGACCAGCGUGCGGUCUUCGCCCUGCUCUUCACCAGCGCCAUGCUCUACCAGCUGGUGGUGCGCGCCUUCAUCGACUUUCUGGGACUCUUCAUGCUCCGCUCGCCACUCUGCUUCGGGCCGGACCUCGUGGGCUACGCCACGGCCAUUGGCUGCUGCAUCUACAUCAGCAGCUUCCUCGCCAACCUGAUGCUGUCGCGCUGCUGGACGGACCAGGCGUUGGCCAUGAUGGGCAUCGCGUCCUUCUGCGCAGGCACCUUGGUGAUGACCUUCGUCAAGACGAUGCCGAUGUUCUUCCUAGCAAGGGUCCUGAUGCAGUUAUCUUUGAUGCCUCUGCCCAACAUUCGCUCUUCCAUGGCAAAAAUCACUGACCCGCAGUGGCUGGGAACGGUGUUCACUCUGCUCGCGUGUGCAAUGAGCCUCGUCCGGGUGGUCGGUUCCAUCACGUUCAACUACAUUUACAAGGAUAGCCUGGAGCUGCCCUUCUGCCUGCCCUUCUUGAUCUCUGGCAUCGUGGGAGUCACCAUCCUCCUCCCGCUUGGGGUUGUUUGGUGGAAGAAGGGGCAGUGGCGGCGCACGGAGCCUUCUUCUCCGCGGCGGAGACCGUAAAUGCGCCUCUUCCUCGCCAAGUCCCAAGAGCCCCAAGACGCCAGAAGGAUGCCAACAGACGGCGCGAUUCAAGUCGGGAACGCGUAAAGAGUUGAUGCGUUUCUUGCACCGAGAGUUGUGCGUCAACUCGGGGGAAUGGUUGCAACAGGUAUAAUAUGGAAGUAUGAAAUGUAAGUGAACUGCAGUCUAUACUGAUGUGAAUUUCCUCCGAUUCUAGGUUAGUCAUUAAAUCAAAUGUACGUAGGGGGGUCCGAAUAUAAUCUUAUUUAAGUAAAGGUGUCAUCGGCGUUUUGUAAUUUUCUACCGUUCCGGUUAAUAUUAAGAUGUACACAAGCAUGCAAUACAAAUGUUAAGUUUGUUUACGUGCAGUUAUACAGAGACGCCUCUACUUACGAACAUUUGACUUAAGAACCUUCAAAGGUACAAACAUUUCAUAUGUCCAGUUGCCUGUUCGGACCGAUAAUCGUAAGUUCAAACGCCAUACAAUAGAUGGCGGUGGUGGCAUCUAAAUCUACAAAACAUGAAGAAUCUAGAGGCAUUGACACCUACAGGAGAUUAUACAACUUUUAAAGCCAUUCCCCGUGUUUAGUGUACAUGCAGUACGCCAUGUUUGGAAUUCAUGGGAGUAAAGUUGGACUUACGAAACAAAUAGACUUUCGAACAGACCUCUGGAACCUCACCCGUUUGUAAGUAGAGGAGUCCCUGUAUUAAGCAUUGUGCAAAACUGUCCUCUUUAAGCAAUGCACUUCAAUCAAUAUUUGAAACGUGAGCCAAUGACUUCAAGCAUGCGUGAAUAUCCGAAACCAGGGUUUCCGUCCUCGCCACGCAUCACGUGCUACCAAUGCACUCCACAUUGCAAUUAAAAGUAUUUGGCUGUUGCUAUGAAUGUCCACGUGAUAAGCCACUUGGGGUGAGCUGCUACCAUUUGUGAUGGCCAGGUCGCUUAUGAAAGAGAGCUGCAUAUGUUCAGCGAGCCUUACAUGGUGAAAUAAAAAAAAGUUUAAAUAAAAAUAAUUCCACGAGCCCGAUGAGAAGUAAACACACAUCCCAUGCAGUUUCUGGCUUAGGCGUCUUGAACCGAUGGCCUGUCCAGCAACGAUGGAACAAGAAGUAAAAAAAAACCCCACCACAUUAAAUAUUGUCCUGCACUUAAUUUGGAUGUCAGCUCUGACACUUUAAAUAUCAGCUUGACCCACGUGAUGGACAUCACUGUCACAUGCAAGACAGGUGAGGAAGUGCUUCUCCCUUUUACUGCGGACCAGAGGUCGCUUGAUGGGAUCUCGAGAGGCAGCGGUCUCACGAUUGUCCCCGUGGUCUUGCACUGCUCUGUGGGAGAUCCGAAAGGACACUUCAUCGCACGAGACGAGGCUGAUGGUGGCAAUUUUAGUAAAUAACAGGGGAGAGAAAACGACAGCAGAAACAACACCUACGACUUAAGAGAAAAUAUCAACCAGAAAGUAAAACUAUCCCUUGCGAAAGCAAACGCCCAGCUGCCCCAGCCAGGUUUUACAAACCUGGUCACACCAGUUAUCGACGGAAACAACAGAAAGGGUAUAAUUGUGUUUAUUACAAACUACUGUACAAUUCACAAAGCAUAACCAUCGCAAUCCGCCAUAUCACGUGUUUUACAUCUACACCAUAAAUUAGUGGAUGUUGCGGAUAGUAUAUAUUUUUUUCCUUUUUGCACAAGUCACACGUCUACAAAAACAGCGGUUUACAUUGCGGGUAAACGGCGACUUCAGAUGGCACACCGCGUGUUUUAACACUGUGCAGCAUAUACAAAGGCCAGGUCGUGGCAAGCGCCGUGCACGGGAUUUGGAAUUUUGCCCAUCAGAAAAUAUAAUGAAUGUAAUCAGUCAGCGAAAGGUCAUACAAAAUGACCGUUACAUAUGGGAUGUCUUAUAAUGGUGGCAAUAAUUACAGCACAUCGUGUAGUGGUGUAAUGUUUGUUUAAGCCCGUGAAAACGAGCUUCAGCGGGCUUUACUCAGGGAAAAUCAACUUUGAUUCUCAUAAACCGUGGCCCGACUUGGACAAUAAAACAUUUCCAGGCCGAGAGAUGCACCAAGCGGAUUCCAGUAUCUUCACGUUAUACAUUUUAAUAUGGGUUAACAUUAGAAUGGGAUUAAUCGUUUGUGAAUUUUAACAACGUAUAUUCACUUAUAAUAUAUUCGAAGUUAACACUUAUUUUGUAAAAUAAAAAGACGAACAACUUUCCAGCAAACAGUCCUGACAGAUGUUGGGGUGUUUCUUUAUUAUUUGAAUUUACGUUAAGGCAAACUGGUGGCUUUAUCACAUGAAACAUCUACCAUCUUAGGCCAUUAAAAAUAAAUCCUAGGCACUUAAUUUGAAAUUCAGGUGGGUUGUGUACAUACAAUUAGGUUGAAACAGGGAAAGGAUUUGCUUGGUUUGCGAACGAUUAAAGCAAAAAUAAUUGUGUAAGUGGCAAAUUGGCAUGCGCGUCCUAACUUUGACAGGCAUUCAUUGUAAAAGUGAGUGCACUGAGCCGUGAAACUAACUUGAAAAAUAUAGAUUUUUUUUUUUACAUUUGUGUACUCUGCGAAUUUUGAUGAGGCAGCCUGAAAAAGGCACGGUAGUGUUCGUCAAUCUAAAACAAAGGUGAAAGGUUGCCAUCGCAAUCAACAGUUCAGUUUUCCACAGUAAACACUCAACAUAUGAAGCAAAUAUCAGGCACAGACUUUGAUGUUUAAAUUCAAUUACACACACACACGCCCUAUAGUGGGUAUUAAUGGGUAGAAUGUGGUGUAACAGUAGUUCGUAUCUCGUCGCCUAUAUAGAGGGACUCCUCUACUUACGAACAUUCGACUUACAAACUUUCAGAGACAGUAACAAACCUGUCCGUAUGUCCAGUUGCCUGUUCGAACUGAGAGUCGUAAGUUCAACCGUGGCGCAAUAGAUGGUGCCGGUGGCAUCUAUAUCUGCCAAAAAUGAAGAACCGGCACGGCAUCUACAUCCACAAAUUAUACAACUUCUAAAGCCAUUCCUUGUGUUUAGUGUACAUGCCGUACAUGUUUGGAAUAGGCAGAAGUAAAGUUGAACCUAUGAAUAAAUCGACCUACAGACCUCUGGAACCCAACUCGUUCGUAAGUUCAGGAGUCCCUGCACUCAUUUUCCAUGGUUCAUCCGAGACGUGCUAGCACAGAGCACACGUUGGUACAGGUGAUUUUCCUACUUGCUACCCUAUCAACGAGCCAGAACCAAACGGCAAUACGCUUGCCUUUACCAAAUAUCUGAAUCUGGCUCGGGGGGCCAAGCAAGGCCAGGCACGAGGUUUAUCAUCUACAUUUGUAUCAUGUGAUAUCGUUUACGUGCAUCCCGAGUCACUUGUACAACGCAUGACCCGCAUUAACACGGCCCCGGGGGUUUUGUAGCGGGAAAUCAACCUGGGCAACUUUUUUUUUACCCAUUUUGGGCUGGUUUGGCAAAUUGGGCCUGGCACAGCUCGUUUGGACAAUGGAAAAACGAUAGAUAUUUAUGACCAAGUCCAAUCCUAGAAUCUCCACAACAUUUCUAUAGCAGGAGCCAGUUAUUCUUCCAGAGGGCCAACUGCUGUUGAAUUAUGCAGCAUUGGACGACGUCAAAAUGUAUACGUGUGACGUGAGAGCAACGUGAAAAGGAUUGACAUUACACCGAUUAAUAAAGAAAAAUACAGAUACGACCAAUAUGUCUGUGAAUGGAGGUCACGUUCCGUCUCUGAUUUAGGCCACUAAUCAUGUGGCAUGCCCACUAAUUUUCACUUUUCUACAAAAAGUAGGUUUUAUUUUUUUUUAAAUGAAACUGACAUUAAAACCAUUUAGCAGUCGUGAUGGCCCAUUACAUUAAUUGUGUAAGUGCUGUAAUUGUCGCCAUUACAUUGAAAGCUUCUGUGAUGUGGUCUUUUUCAAAAAUCACCACAAAGGCACAGUUUAAUGCUUUAAUACUGUAAUUAACCUACUAUUAAAUUAACUAAGACAAAACCAAUUUAAAUUAAAAACUACAACUUCAUAUCGUUGAUAUCUCUCACCACGGUGUGUCUACAUUAUAACAACAUUUGCUAUUAUAAGUAUCACGGACGUUUUACCAACAUGUACUUCAAACUUUGGAAGUCGAGUUGGUGUAAGAUCCUGCAGGUUUGUAAAUUCCUAAGAAUUUAAUUACACGAGCAUUGUUUUUUGUUUAAUCUACGAGUUUGUUUGAAGAGGUAGAUUCCAGAGCAUUUUUUUGUUGUUUCAUUAAUUGUACCGAUUCAUCAUUAAUUCACAAGAUCACAUCCCUUAUUCUUGCAGCUUAAAGAUUAUUGAUGCAAUGUAAAAAAUGAACCCAGAACCGCACCACACGUUGUAUUCAUAGUUCCACGAAUUAACUGGUGAAAUUAAGACGGUGCUGAAAAUAAAAGACACUGCGUUGCCAAUCUGCGCACAAAGCAAAACAAAAUCACAAAUAACCGAGGGCGUGUUUGAGUGCGUCGUGUAAUAUGGUAACGCUGUAAUAAUGUGUGUCUCAGCAUGUAUACAGCGCAAUCAGGGGUGAUGCAUAAAACUGAUGAAAUCACGGUCACGCGUUUAUAAGAGCAUGCUAUGGACAGCUAGGAUGAUCAGUCGAAUAGCUGAGCCCCCUGAAGGCAGGAAACCCACCCCCACUCGCCAAGCCCAGCGCGACGCGGCUGAUGAUGAUGUCCAUGUCACCAAGGCCCCUGCCAGCCCUGCCCCUCUCAAUGACUUCUCAUCCAGUAGCACACGUGGGAACAGAGACAUUAUUUAUCCCCAACUAUUCUUGUGUUAUCCGAUUAGCCAACGAAUUGAACGAGUUAAUAAAAAGAUUCACCAAUAUAAUAUUCCCGCUUUGUUAUUCACUCAAUAAAUCAUGUAACUUUUUAUUUGAGGAUGACAGUGCAGUUAAUUUCAACGGCUGAGGUGCUUCUCUCAAGACUUCUCGUGUAGUGCCUGAAUUAUAAUGAAUACAACUCACCAAUACCUUGCCACAGGGUUCCCUCUGCCUGCUUCAAAUUGAUGCUUUGUGAUGACAAUUCAAAGGUGCAAAGGGCCUUCAAAGUGCAAAGCGGACCUGAGCCAGAACACUGGGCUUAGGGGCAAUUAGUGUGUGCUCAGACACCAGUCAUCUGAAAAGUUAGUAAUCACUUUAACUGUAUGCAGUGGGUGAAAUCCAAGCGAUGUUAUAACUAGUUUCAAAUAAUUGGCUUCAGUCUGAUCACUGGUAUGUAGAAUCAUGCUCCUUUGGGCGAUGCUGCUAUCUCACCAAAAAAAUGUCCCGCGGUCCAACGAUUAGUACGGAGAAACUACGAUCAUUCUUAAAUUGCCGGCAAGCUUAGACGUAGCAAAAAGUCUUUCAAUUUAAACAAAGCAGCGAAUCACAGAUCUGACUUGAAGGAAGCCCAUCCCAGCCUUUCCUGAAGCAAGUCACUACUUUAAAUGGUCAUCUGAUUCAAUGGAAUUGCCGAGUUGUGUUACUCAUAGCUUAAUACUAGUUUAUAAUGUAAAUGUAUUUCACGUGCAAUGUGGAAAAUACAGGAAUUUCUUGGAAUGUAAUGAAAGUUAAGAGGGUUUCCACUAAAAUAACGUGAUUGCAACAGUCGGACUGAGCGUGCUGCCAUGCGUUAUUUGCAUAUGUGGUUGUGGGACAAACAAGGUCAAAGAUUUACUUAUCUUGUUACAAAUGGGACA